CCUUGUAAACCCUCCUCUCUCUCUCUCUACUUUAAUCCAAAAAACUCUCCACGAAAAUCGAAAAAUCUCUACUCGUUUCCGGAAGAAGAUGACUGGAGUUGAUGAUGACAAGGAGUUCAAAGAGGAAACCGUGAUUCUCAGCGACGACGACAGUGAGGUGGAAGAAGUUAAAGACGGAGGAGAAGAAGGCUCCGACGAGGAAGAAGAAGAAGAAGUCGAUGGAAGUGAAGGUGACGAUGAUGAGGAAGAUGAAGACGACGACGAGGUCCAGGUUUUGCAGUCCCUAGGUGGGCCUCCGGUACAGUCGGCUGAAGACGAAGAUGAGGAAGGAGAAGAAGACGGAAACGGAGACGAUGAUGAUGAUGAUGACGAUGACGACGACGAUGACGACGACGAGGACGACGAAGAUGGUGAAGAUGAGGAGGAUCUUGGGACUGAUUACCUAGUGAGGCCAAUUGGUCGGGCUGAAGAUGAAGAGGAUGCGAGUGAUUUCGAGCCUGAAGAGAAUGGUGUGGAGGAAGACAUCGAUGAAGGUGAAGAUGACGACGAGAAUGAUAACUCGGGUGCGGGAAAAUCUGAGGCUCCUCCCAAGAGGAAGAGAGGAGCUGCUGAGGAAGAGGAAGAGGAGGAUAGUGAUGAUGAAGAUGAUGCAAGACCUCCGAAGAGGUAGUUUUCGAGGAAUUUGACAACAACAGCAUGGUUCAAACAAACAGAUAGAGAGCGUUAUGGCUUUUUUUUUUAAAAAAGAAAAUUUGGAGUCGUGAGAUUUGAAUCAUUGGUUGGGGUUCAUGUAAGUUUAUUAUGGAGCAAGACUUAGUAGUUUAAGUUGAGUAGGGGCUUUUUUUUUUUUUCUUUCUCAUUUUAUGCAAAUGUUGUUUCUUUUUCUAGUGAGUCAAUAACCAAUGUUUCUGGAACGAUUUGCUGUCUAAUGCUAUUUCUCUAUCAGUUUGUUCUGUUUCUUUUUUAGAUUGUGUAAAAGUCUAGUGUUAAAGUCUUUUCUUUUUGUA